AUGAUUAGUGUUCUCUUCAUUAUCCUACCUCAAACUUUUGGUUAUUUUGAAUAGAAAUUAUCAAGGCAUGUUUAUAACUAUCAAAAUUUUGAUAAAAAUGACAUCGUCACCACCAUUCAACCUAAAUAAUGUCCAAAUGAAUUUUUAGAUUACUAUCAUAAUGAUACUUAUGUGACUUAAAUCUGCUUUACUAAAAAUGUAUUUUACAAUCUGGAAGUUGUUUUAGGAGAUGUUAUUAAUAAUUAAAGCAUAUUUUAAUUAUCUGUAUACUUAUUUUCAUUAUUAUAAAUUAGCUUGAUUUAACUACACCUUGGACUUGGUACAAAUCAAAAUCUUGUUUAAGUUGCAAAUAAUUCAAAAAAUUAAAUUUUAAAAACUAUGAGCAAUGUUAGACAACAAAAAAGCCAGGUAAAUGUUUUGAUCCCAAUUUUGAAAAAUCAUUUAAUUCAACAAAAUGGAAUGAUAAAAAAGUAAAUGGUUAAAUUUAUUCUUCGGAAUCUCUAUUUUAAGGAACUUUUCAAACUGAUACAAUAAAAUUACUUGCUUAUAAUUCUUCAAGAAAAAUGAGCAUUUCACAAUUUCUUUCUUAUGAAUGGGGAAAUGAUACUCCACCUGCCUUUGUGAAUAUAACUGGAUUAUAAAUGCUCUAAGUUGAUUAUAUUUGGAGAGAAUUUCCAAUUUUAGCAGAUGGUGUUAUUGGUUUUGGAUUUGGCUAUACAGAAACAGAAAAAGAAAAAGCAUAAAGUGAUACAGAUUUUGUUGAAAAAUUAGUUAAAGAAAAUACAUAACUUCAUUUAACCAGAUAAUAAUUUGCUCUUUAUACUUACGAGAGUUAAUAUAAUUAGUUAGAAAUGGUAGUUUAAGUAGGAGGAUUUGAUUAUAAAUAUGUCCAUAAAUAGUCAUAAAAUGUCAAAUGGAUAAAUAGACUUGAAGAAUCUGGUUAUUAUUGGAUGAUCUAAGUAGAUAAAAUUUAAUUUAUUGUAAUUUAUUUAAAAUAUAAUAUAGAAUGCUUAAGGAAAUGAUUUAAUAAACUAAAAUUUACCAAUCAAUAAAGCCUUACUUACCUUGAAUUCAUAAUUUAUUGAACUACCUUAUAACAUUUUGAUAUAAUUGAUUUAGAAACUUGAUAAUACACAUGUUGGAACCGAAUGUAAUUUGAUAGAUGAGGAAGUAUUAUUAGAAAUCAAUAUUAUAGAUGUAUAUAUUAUAUUGUAAGAACCUUCAUGUAUAAAUAAUCUUUGAUUAUCAAUUGACCUUCAUUUUUGGUGAACAUACUAUUCCAAUAGAUAAUUAUCACUUGAUUUUAAGAAAGUGUAAUGUUACAAGUGAUAAUCAAAUGAUUUAAGAUUGCUUUUUUAGCAUUAAAGUUUCAGAAUCGGAUUAUAUUAUUUUGGGAGAACCUUUUAUAAAGAAUCAUUAUAUUGUAUUUGAAAAUUAACCAGGUAAUGAAGUAAGAAGAAUUGGGAUUAUGCCAACUGCUGUAAAUAUGUAUUAUCCAGAAAACCCUGAUUAAUUUGAAUUGGCUUUAGUGAAGCUUGUUGGAUUUAUAUUUAUUUUUGGAUUGAUUAGUAUCUGCUGUGUGACUUUUCUUAGAAGUUUAUGUAAGGAUUUGUAUAGAGCAUUUAAGUAUCGUAAAGUAAUUUUAGUUAAUAUUUAAAGACUAUGAAUCCUGAAGACAAGUAAUCUUUGAGUUAGACAAAAGAAAUAGAAUAUUUAGAUUAUUCAACUCAAGAAGAUGUUCAAAUUCAAUAAUAAAAUGAAGAUUAGAAGAAAGCAGAAGAAUGGAAUCAAUAACAAGAGUAAUUUAAAUUUGGAGAGAAAUUUACUAAUUAAUAUGAAUCAAAUGCAUUAUGA